CGAUAAGACUUGGACGUACUGAUCGCCCACGCAACUAGAAGUAUAUAAGCAUGAUGAAACCCUCUCAAUCUCACCAAUUUCCCCGCAAAGAUGCAAUUCACGACAGCGUUCGUUCUCUUUGCCAUCGCUGCAUACGGGUGCGCAGACCAGUGUAUUACAUGCCCGGAAACGAUGGAUGGCCAGGCUCUUGAUUUCUCCUGCAGCUAUGAUGGCGAGACCACUUGCGCUUAUUCCUAUGGAGGCCCAUUCUGCCUUUAUUUCGUGCGUGCACAAACGCAAUAUUUCUUGUGGAUGAUAAAUAUUUAAUCACGAGCGUGAUAGAACACCGGGAACUUCGCGGGCCUCUGUGAUGAUAACUACUGUGCCGAUGGUUGCCCGUUGAACAUGGG